UUGCGGACUUGCGCUGAAACCGUGUCGUCAAACGGCCACCGUGAACAGUGCUUCAGCAGCUGUCGGGGCCGAAUGGUUGGCCUCGUCAACCCUUGAUCUAGCCGCUUUCUCUCUCUUUCUCUAACUUCCGGUUUCGACUGGCCGAGCGGCGUACGGGUCGCGUGUAAAGCUACCACGGUGACCGCGAGAGGAACGGAGUUUGAUCGUUGAGGGACGUGGAAGGAUAACCGAUACCAACAUGAGACAUUCACUCGUCCUCGUCUUGUGCCUCCUGGUCAUUUUCAGUUUUUGUGGUAUAAACGCGAUAAAAUGUUACCUUUGUAACAGUCACACUGACAGCCGAUGCGCUGAUGAUGUCCCUCCUGAUGCCCUGAAGAAAGAUUGCGCCGAUCUCAAAGACGGUGCUAAAUACACGAUGUGCAGAAAGAUCAAGCAAGUGAUUGAGUUUAGCGUUAACGGACUACCACCUGAUACUCGAAUUAUAAGAGGCUGCGGAUGGGACGAAUCGAAUUACAAGAAACGAUGUUAUCAACGAAGCGGUUUCGGUGGCCGUCAAGAGGUGUGCUCGUGUUUGGAUGAUUAUUGCAAUACGGCGACACCGAACAUCCUGCCGCCGAAAUCAUUAAUCCUGUCCUGUGUACUCGGCACUGUUUUACUAGCAUUCAUUCGUAAUUAGUUUCAAGGAAAUUAAACCUAUUAACGAACAGUCUACGAAGAGAUGGGUUCGAGAUUGUUAGUACCUACCUACAGGCAGCUUCGACUUCGCGUUCUUCGAGAAACAGAAGUAUACGGAUGGAUAACGGAACGAGUCUCUCAUUGUCAAAGAAAGUACAACCUAAUCUCUGGUAUCGGGUAACAAAAAUUUCAAAGUGAAAAAAUCGUUGUUGAAGCGGCCAAAUAUUCUUGCGUUAUCUAUCGGUAAACAAAACGUUGGCGAAUAUGAGAAGGAAUGUUGAAAGGAAAUUCUAGAGACAGUGCAGUGGCUUCCUCUUGUCCAUUGGUUAAACAUUAUCGUAGUUCUAGAGAUAAAACGUGCACACUGUUCCUGAUUGCCUGUUCAUUUUGAACUCAACUCACCAUGGAAGAAAAUUCAAUUCAUUAUCACUCUCUUUUCGAAUCUUGAUGGAGGAUAUACGAUCAAAUCGUUUCCCAAAAAUUGUUUUUCAAAGAAAAAAAAAA